GUCUCAAAAGGAACAAGUUUUUUCAUGGCAGAACCAUUACGCAGCAGUAGCCUUGGUUAAAUGGGAACGGACAACGGACGCAGACUGUUUCUGAAUACUGCAGGAAAUUUUGUUCACUCACAGCUUUUAAUGGCAGCGCAAUAUCCAACGGGCAGAACGGGUGUUUGCAGUUUGUUUAUUCUUUGGCUUAUUUGUUGUUGCUGUUGCUGGACAACAGCGUUGCCGUCAUUUGGUGAACUAAUAAGAAUAAAGCAGACAGCACUAGCCUUGAAUUUAACUUCAAAUUUAGAAAAAUCUCCAGCAGCGGUGACAUCGUCAACGAAACUUUCGUGUGAAGAACGAUAUAGUUUUGCAGAGAAAUCCGCUUUUGACGAGACAUAUCUUUACGACGAAAUAAGAACACUAAUGAAAACGUACUACAAUUGGGGUGAACUUUUAGCUCCCGCUCCCAUCGCCAUUAGUGUUUUAGGGCAGCUAAUCCUCAUGUCUAAUCACAGAUUAGAUUUUCCCAUCGAUAAGAAUAUGCCAACUGGAGGUUUCAAGCACAUCAAGUACCCCAAGAGUUUUCGAACCACUUUGCUUCAAAUCAGCCACGAUGGCUACCUUGCUUUCCUCAAAGCUCAUAAUAACAUGGGUAAGAUCCGAACGUACAAUGCAAACGUGCCCAGCCACAUCAAGGACGCCACCCGCUACCUGAUGUCCAAACAAGAGCUUUACAUCCUCAACUUACUGCCGAUUUCGUUGGGGCGCAUCAAAGAAGCAGCUGAGCAGAGUCAGCAGCUUUCAGUAGAAGUGGUUACCGAAUUCACCACCGUAAUGAAUUUGAUAGAGGAGACUAUCGAUGCAGUGGCCGAUACCAAAGAUCAUAAGGAGAUCAAGUUGCAAAAGAUCGAAACGGAUUUGAAAAUGACCGAGAUAGUCAAACAAUAUUCAGAUGACGAAGCGGAUUUGCUGAAACAAAAAGAAAAUCAAUUUGCAAAAAUGUUGGGCAACUUCGAAAGACGACAGCGAGAUAUUUACGUCGAAACGUCUAACGGAGACGAAUGUUUUAAUCUCAAUUUGAGUCGGGAGCGACAAAGGGGCCAAGGCCAUGAAAAACACCCGGACGUAUUUUUUCGUGCCGGCAACUGGAAGUACACUUUUCAAGAGCACAGCAUCAACAGAGACCCUUGCUAUGAAGAGAGCAGCCAUCAUCUUCUCGACUUGCUCAUUCAAAUGGCACAGUUUAGAGACUUGUGCGCGACUUGGCAAGGAUCUUCUGACUACCAGCAAUUCAACUUUAUCGCAAUUAUUGAAGCACUAAGCAAGACAUACAACAGCUUCCAGCCUUGUACGAGUGUAAAAGUCAUUCUCACCAAAUUAGCGGAAUUAAUCAACAAAUUGAAAGGAUUCAAGUUUGAUGCCAAUAAGCGGAAACUGGAAAUGAUGUGUCGGGGGACAGAAGAAAUGGACGAUUUGGCUUUUCUCGUGAACCACCUGCGUGCGGAAAAAAACAAGGAAGUUGUCGUGGAAAAAUCGACCAUGAUGGAAAACGUUAAGUUGGCUGACACUUGGACGAAGGUGUACGAGAGCCAAUUUGAAAUGCUGGAGGAAAUGAUCCAAACAACCCAACGUAUGUUGAAGCUCAAUGAACAAAGAAUGGAAAUUCAACGACAAAAAACGAUGCAAAUAUUAAGCUCUAUUAAGAGUUUGAAUCUAAGCAGAGUCACAUACGAAGAGGCCAUCAAAGCUCUAAAAGAAGCUCUAAAGGAGCUGAGACAAUUGAAAGGAGAUUGGGAUAAACUUAUCAAAUUCUUUUCCAAUGUCGCCAAUUUCAUAGACGAAGCCGCUAAAGAGAGUUUCGUUUUAAUCGAUGCUAUUCAUUCCUUAAGUGAGGAUAUUUCUGGCUUAGAUGUUACCGUCUUAGUUGAGGAACUGCUGGGUCACAUUGGAAAAGCCAACGAAGCGGCCUUCCUCGUCCACGAGAUCGCCAACAUGUACGUGACCGUAUCAGAAAAAUACAUCUUAGAUAGCAUUUCUACUUUGGACACCAUGAUAAGCAUUGACGUCAAAAAGGUUGGACUAGUUGGAAUCAAGAGGCAGCAAAUCAAACUGUCGGAAGAUGGUCGAAAAGCUUAUGAAGGGAUCCUGCAAAUGAUUAAGGACGACGAGGAUUCGAUUGAAAAGAAAAUACUAAAGCGGCAUCAUGAAAUCGAGAGAGAAUAUGGAUGGAUAGCUAACUGCAAAUCUCCCGAAUAAGACAACCAAAUUUAAGAAAGCGUUUUACGUUAUUGAUUUUAAUUCGGGACAUAAAUUGUAUGAAUAUGCCGCUUACAAUACAAGAAAUUUGAA